AUGGCAGGCAACAUACCCAGGCGCGGGGCUAUCAGGGAGAACACUGACGAAAUCGCUGAUGAAGAGCUCAAUACACAUGCAGGCCGCAAGGAACAGUCCCCAGACUCCCAGAUCAGGAUUUCGCUACGAGACAACGCGCAAUCUCUUCAGAUUGGCCAGAAUUAUGGCACAGUCAAUUUUGGUCCCCCAGCGUCACUUUUUGAUACUUUGUAUCAACAAGCAAGCGACAACCGUAGCUACUAUAAGCCGUAUACAAAGGUCAUAAACCGAAAUAUCAAGAAGCAUCUGUUGUACAUCGCUGAUCGCUUCAAUUUCCUGGAUUGCGGGUUUGCGGAAUAUUUUCAGUCGGUUGUACCAUCCUUUGACCGAGACUAUGUCGAGCAACGUCUCACACAUAUUCGAGAAGAUAUUACAAAACGACAAAGUCCCAAUCCAGCCAGCGUGGAGAACCCAGAAACAGCCUAUCUUGGAGAUCUUGGCGCAUUCUGUGAAGCCUUGUCCAAAACAUGGAAUUACGAUGCCAAUCAGGACCCACCCCGGCUAUUGAGCCCAGUUUUCAAUUCUACCCAUCGGCAAAAUCAGGAAAUUUUCGAAUACCUACAAGAUGCCUUUGAGACACAUUACUGGGAGCUAAUGCUGGACAUAUUUAUGCAGUGGCAUAGGAACACGAAAAGUCUUAGUGGAGAAAUCGUCCUCAAAGUCCUGAGAAGCCUAGAAAGGGAAAUCAGAAGCGGCCGAAACCAGCUUCUUCGCGAUAUGAAAGCACAGUCAGAGGACUCCCCUGAAGAUUUGGCUCCAAUCAUGCAAGGAAUUGAUGAAAGAAUCGCCAUCCUGGAGUCUGUGGGCGAUCUGGGCAAUAAUCCUCAAUUGGAAAUGCAGGGACUGUUGACACUCCCAGUCUCCCAGCCGCAUAGUUCCCAGUCCACAUCCCCUGGAGAGCCUUUGGUUGCUGGGACAUCCGCGGGACUGAUGAAAGAAAAAGAAAACGUCGGGCUUAUAGCCUUGAUCCUUAUAUUCCUAAUCGCGGCUGUCGUUCCAGGAUACAAAGCAUUCUCAAUAUCCAUGAAGUCUAGCGCACCAGGCUCGUUUCAUGAUGCAGAAUUCAUGUACCUGAUCCAGAGCAGUCUCAUGUCCGUGCUCGGCAAUUUGGUCAUGGUUAUUCCCUUAUUGAAGAAGUCUUUGUUUUCACCAGCUUACGGCACGAUGUGGAUGUUUUUCACCUUGGGGUUGCUUUUUGCAAUCAUCUCGAUUGUCAUCUACCCAUUUAUAAAUACCGGCUGGAGCUCCAUGGUGGCCUUUUUUAGUUCUAUUGCUUCCGUCGCCUCGGUUUUGGUUAUGACGCAGGAUGCAGCGAGGGAUGGGCCUCAGAAGGAGAAAAAGGAUUGA